CGUGGCCGUGGCCAGGGAAGGAGCUGACUGAGGGAGUUGGAGGCGGCGGGCGGCGGCGACCCCGGUGUGGACCUGCCCCGGCACAGGAGCGUCCCGGGGUCCGUGGGGAGCAGGAGAAGGAGGCGGUGGCCCGACCCGCGCGGGCAAGAUGUUGAACAUGUGGAAGGUGCGGGAGCUGGUGGACAAAGCCACCAAUGUGGUUAUGAAUUAUUCAGAGAUCGAGUCUAAGGUUCGAGAAGCAACAAACGAUGAUCCUUGGGGGCCUUCUGGGCAGCUCAUGGGAGAGAUUGCCAAGGCAACAUUUAUGUAUGAACAGUUUCCAGAACUUAUGAACAUGCUUUGGUCACGAAUGUUAAAAGACAACAAAAAGAAUUGGAGAAGAGUUUAUAAGUCAUUGCUACUCCUAGCUUACCUCAUAAGGAAUGGAUCAGAGCGUGUUGUUACAAGUGCCAGAGAACACAUUUAUGAUUUGCGAUCCCUGGAAAAUUACCACUUUGUAGAUGAACAUGGUAAGGAUCAAGGUAUAAAUAUUCGCCAGAAGGUAAAGGAGUUGGUUGAAUUUGCCCAGGAUGAUGACAGACUUCGUGAAGAGCGAAAGAAGGCAAAGAAGAACAAGGACAAGUAUGUUGGUGUUUCCUCUGACAGUGUUGGAGGUUUCAGAUACAGUGAAAGAUAUGAUCCUGAGCCCAAAUCCAAAUGGGAUGAGGAGUGGGAUAAAAACAAGAGUGCUUUUCCAUUCAGUGAUAAACUAGGUGAACUGAGUGAUAAAAUUGGAAGCACAAUUGAUGACACCAUCAGCAAGUUCCGGAGGAAAGAUAGAGAAGACUCUCCAGAGAGAUGCAGCGAUAGCGAUGAGGAAAAGAAAGCCCGAAGAGGGAGAUCUCCCAAAAGUGAAUUCAAAGAUGAAGAGGAGACGGUGACGACAAAGCAUAUCCACAUCACGCAGGCUACAGAGACCACCACCACCAGACACAAGCGCACUGCAAAUCCUUCCAAAACCAUUGAUCUCGGAGCAGCAGCACAUUACACCGGGGACAAAGCCAGUCCAGAGCAGAAUGCUUCCACCCACACACCUCAGGCUUCAGUGAAGACAUCAGUGCCUAGCAGCAAGUCAUCUGGUGACCUUGUCGAUCUGUUUGAUGGGCCCAGUCCGUCAACAGCAGGAGGAUCUGCCGAUUUGUUUGGAGGAUUUGCCGACUUCGGCUCAGCAGCUGCAUCAAGCAGUUUCUCUUCCCAAGCAACAAGUGGGAAUGGAGACUUUGGUGAUUGGAGUGCCUUCAGCCAAGCCCCGUCAGGUCCUGUGGCUUCCGGUGGCGAGCUCUUUGGCAGUACCACACAAUCAGCAGUAGAACUUGUUAGUGGGUCACAACCAUCUUUAGGCCCUCCAGCAGCUGCCUCAAACUCUUCAGAUCUGUUUGAUCUAAUGGGCUCAUCCCAGGCGACCAUGACAUCUUCCCAGAGUAUGAAUUUCUCUAUGAUGAGUACUAAUACUGUAGGACUUGGUUUGCCCAUGUCAAGAUCACAGCCUUUGCAAAAUGUUAGCACAGUGCUGCAGAAGACUAAUCCUCUCUAUAAUCAGAAUACAGAUAUGGUCCAGAAAUCAGUCAGCAAAACCCUGCCCUCAACUUGGUCUGACCCCAGUGUAAACAUCAGCCUGGACAACUUGCUACCUGGUAUGCAGCCUUCCAAACCCCAGCAGCCAUCGCUGAAUACAAUGAUUCAGCAACAGAAUAUGCAACAGCCUAUGAAUGUGAUGACUCAAAGUUUUGGAGCUGUGAACCUCAGUUCUCCAUCAAACAUGCUUCCUGUCCGGCCCCAAACUAAUCCUUUGAUGGGGGGACCCAUGCCUAUGAGCAUGCCCAGUGUGAUGACUAGCACCAUGGGCAUGGCCCCUCUGGGAAAUACUCCGAUGAUGAACCAGGGCAUGAUGGGCAUGAACAUGAACUUAGGAAUGUCAACUCCUGGGAUGGGCUUGACAGGCACGAUGGGAAUGGGCAUGCCCAACAUAGCCAUGGCUUCUGGAACUGUGCAACCUAAGCAAGAUGCCUUUGCAAAUUUCGCCAACUUUAGCAAAUAAGAGAUUGUAAAGAAGCAGAAUAAAUGAAGAAUUUUUAGCUGUGCAGAUAGGUGAUGCUGGGAUGGACAGUGCUAAUCAACUCUACAUUCUUUUAUCAGUUAAUUAAAUAAACCUAUGUAAUGAACCAAAAAAGCUAUUUUAUACAAGUGAAGUAUCUACAAUUUUAGAAGGCCAGGCAAGAGCUCUUCAGUUGAGACAGUCCUUUUUCCCAGUGAGGAUGGACCACUAGUAGAGUGGUAAGAACACUGAAGGCCUUUAUAAAUUAAAGAGUCCAUUUAACAUCAUAAUUUGUGUGGGAGUAUUGAAAUAGGGCUGAGUAAAUGUUAGAAUCUCUAAUUUUAUACUUUCGUUUUCCUGAGGAACUUGAUUUUGCUGUCCUUGAAUCGCCUUGUCAUAAUUGGGUCUGUUCCUUUUACUACCACUCUUGAGUCCAUAUAUGAAAUCAUUAAAAAUGUUGGAUGAUCGGUUUUUUUAUAAAAAUAUAUAUUUUUGUCCAAAAAAAGCAUACAUAUGUGAUUAUGGCUAAAUCAAAGGUAACUGGAAUGUAUAUACUUUUGCUAAUGUUCCAGCAACACUGCUAUUAUCCAAAUUUUUAUUGUACAAAACUUUAAGCAAUUGGUAAUAGCUAUGGGACUUUUCCCAUGUCUUCUGCUAUAAUUAUCCUUUGGAGAACUAGGAAAAAUAUUUUUUUCAGGACUGCUCUAUGGUUUCCUUUAAAAUUAAACAAACAGUAUUUUAUUUGUUUCUUUGCAGUCAUUAUUUACAGUUUGCAGUGAUUAACUUGGCAAGGCUUCCUUCCGUGUUUAUCCCUGUAGCCAUCAUUUAAGUCAGGAAAAGUCAAAAGAAAAAAAUAUUUAUUUUUUUUCGAUGUCUUUUCAAAAAAAGUUGAACAGGUAAAAAUUCAUUAAAACCUUAAGUUAAAUAUCAAUGUUAGAAUCCAAAAUGUUCACGUUUAGAUUUUAUACAGUACUUGUUUUGUUUGGGUUUU